CACUGGCACAGAUCUUAUUUGCCUAGCGAGCAAUCGGCAGACUCUGGUCCUGUCUUGGUGCUUGCUCUGACUGACCAUUCAAAGCGCUGUCUGCGCGCUUUCCCUCAUAACGAUGGCGCCUGCAAGUCGAGGCUUCACCAACCCCACUCCUAAGACCGAAUCUGCGCGUUCCGCUCUGAGCUCUUUCACCUGCACUCUUUGCAACAAGUCCUAUUCUCGCCAUCCAGAAUAUGAAGCUCAUAUUUCUUCUUAUGAUCACCAGCAUCGCAAGCGCUUACAAGAUCUCAAACAAUUAUCACGGGAUCCAAAUGCUGCAGAGAAGGCCAGGCGAGCAGAAAGAAAGGCUGAUGCAGAGGCCGGGUUAAGGGUACUCGAUUCUUCCAAAUCCAUCCCAGCAUCGACGGCUGGGACUGGAUUUGGAUCUGGGGGUAGUACUGGGGGUGGAGCCGGAUUCAAGAAAGGGGGGUUCAAGAGUUCGUUUACCACCGUCAAAGGACCUGUCGCCCCAGCUGCGCCCACGAAGAAAAAUGUUCUAGGUGGUGACGAUGAAGACAAUGGUGUUGCAGAAGCAGAUGAUGCAAGCCUGUACAAUCGAAGCCAACCCACCAGACACGAAAGUGCCCAGCUUGAUCAGGCAGAGAGCGAUACUGAUGAGGAAUAUGCCCAUGAUGUAAUAGGUGGGAUGUAUUACAAUCCACGGAAUCCUACAAGUUGCCCCCCUGAGUGUGUUGGAGCCAGGAAUGCCCCAUCACAAACUUCCAUCUUCUGACGAAUUGGCCGUCACGAGGUGUGACAUCAAAUAGGCGAUAAAUGUCUUCUCUUUUUUGGGGGGGGGAGCCUUGGUCGAUGAUUUGGCAAUAAAAAACCUACUCGAUACGAGCAGCCCCAUGGCUACAUACGGGCUUUUUGAUGGGAUCCCAUCAGUCAAGAACAGGGCUACCCGGUAAACGCCAUUAUGAAGACAUGUCACAUAAUAUAUGGUCAUGAAAAGGCAUUUGGUUUCUAAAAUGCAGAUUGAUGUUGAUUGCGUUGUAUAGUCGUACAAAUUCCAGGAAAUCGGGUGAUGAGGCAGAAUGGGAGAAUAGGAGGAAAUGGCUGGGACAAUAAGAGGGUACUAG